CUUCAACUCCACGCCCUCCAAGCAAUAUACCCCAAGAUGACGAUGCCAGAGCCAACCGCCCCAGAUUUUGUAGAGGUGGAAUACUACUACUAUGGGAUUGUUCAGUGUCUAAGGCUUGUCGCACGCUUAAGCCUACACGCCUGGACCGAUCGACAGAAGCCUAAUGUUAAGAGAAACUAUUUUUAUCCGUCGCUGCCCUCUUCACUAUAUCCGAAAACACUUCACACAGUCGGAAGACACCCGUUAUUGCAUCAGCUAUGGAAUGAUGCCAGAUCUUCUCUCAGAAUACAAAUCUUGCAAGCUAUCAAUGGAAUAGAUUGGACUUCUGUUGAUUUUCUGCGUGUCGGCCACAACGGAGAAUAUCAAAUCACACUUAUGGUAGCUGUCAGGCCAGGCACACUCACUUGGAACCACGGGCAUCCCGUCGCUUUACGAUGCAAAUCCAUUUUGGACAAACACGGUAUUCAUGACGUGCCUUGCGAGAUACUAGAAGCAGAUCUUCACUUCCGCGCCGGGGGGGNGGGGGGGGAGCCGAAGAACUAUCCCAUCGUCGACUCUGAAGUCGAGACUGAUUCCGACCCAACAACGUUGCAGCUAUUUUCAGGGCCAGUCUCAACCAAAAACGAGGAUAAAUCGCAUAGACUCAAGGAUCUAACUGACAGACUUGGUGCCAACAUAGCCACGAGCCAGAUGAAUAAUGUACCUAUAUCUACCUUAACUUGUAGGCAUCUGAUGAUUGACUCUAAAACAGAGGGGACGCAAAAAUACCAAAAAUCUCAGCCCUUCAAGGAGGUCAUCCAAAUGGACCGGCGCACUUAUAUGAGCCAUCUCUGGAAUUUUGAGGAGGAAAGCGAGAGCGACAGCAAUUCUGGCCACGAGUCUUCUGAAGACGGCCAAACUCAUGCAGCUGCUUCACCUGCUGACUUUGGCGACAACGCUAUGGUUCUUGGACGCGCCAUGCGGUCCUUUAUAGACGCUUCAUCAAGAGUGUUUGGCCGACUCCUCUAUUCGCCGGAACUUACGGUCGCAUUUACGGUCGCAUCAGAUUAUUCCGGAUUUACAUGGCUGAGAGACUGGGCUUUAAUCGAAUUACUGCCAAAUAGUCACCAAGCUGCCCUCAGUUCAAUCCAGAAUAUCGUUUAUCUGGGGACGGAGAGCAGUAUUCGUGACUGCAUGCGUCGAAAUGGAGAGCAAUACCAGCGACGACUCAUGGAUCUACGGAAAUCAUUGAUCACAAAUGGCGAAUUGAAGCUCCAGAGAGUCGCAGUUCCUAUGGAAGAAAUCUUUAUCUCCCCAGAAUCUCAGGAUGUUCAUGAGUCAGGACUAUUGGUAGGCAAAUACGGAGCAAGCGGACAAUUGUCAUUCGGUCUUGGCAACACUUUGAAGUCCGUCGUUCGCCAUACCGAGAUGUCGGAAGGAGGCAGAGAAACAGAAUUAAUCAGUGAAGAAUGGGCGAUUAUCUCAACUACCAUGACACACUCCAAGCAUUGGGCAGAGAAUUAUCGCCAAGACUCUUUCUCACGGGUGGGUGAUUUUGGUUCGUGCAUUUGGGAUAUGCAAGGACGUCCUGCCGGAAUCAUAACGGCGGGCAGCAGCGGCUCCCAAUCCGCAAUCGAUGGGCACAUCACAUAUGUCCAGCCUCUGGAGCGCUUGCUGAAGGAUAUUAGAUUGGAUGGCUUUGAUGUAGAGCUUGUUUGA